GCGCAGCCACAAACUAGCCACGUCGCUGCCUAUGUUUGUUGGUUCCGAGUUUCGUGAGCAUCAGGAGCGAUCGCUACGAUGAGCUGUUUCUAGCUCGUCGAUGCAGUUCCUUGACCCCGGCAUUGUUUGACUGCGUAGCCGCCGCAUUCGUCCGUUGUCCAGUGCUCAGCGGUGCGUGGCGUUGACCAUCGACGGGGCUCGGAGGCCGUGGCUAAAAGCUCGGCGUCGUGAUGCUUGCUACCGCGGUUUACGGCGGUACGCUCAUCGCAAGCGUGGUGAGGAGGUUGGCACCAUGCGACGCUCUUUCCCCGCUGCUCGGCUGCUGCUGUUGGCGUCUGGUGCGAGGAUAGAAAUGUUGAUGGCAGGUUGUUUGGCUCCUGGAGACAGCGUCAAGUGCCGAAGGCUGUGCAACUAGCCCCUGUGUCGGAACCUUGGCUGCACAAGCCCUUCCCCUCGAGCCACAAUGUUCAAACUGGGAAGCAAGAAGGACGUCAAUACCGAGUACAAGUGCACCAUACGCCUGCUGGACGACAGCGAAGUGUUGCAGUGUGAUUUUCAGCAUCUCUGCAAAGGCCAAUACAUACUUGACUAUGUGUGCAAUGCCUUGAACCUUUUGGAGAAGGACUACUUUGGCCUCAGAUAUGUCGAUAGUCACAAGCAGCGGCACUGGCUGGACCUCACAAAGCCGGUGAUCAAGCAGGUGAAAGGUAUGAAUCCCAUCGUGUUCUGCUUCCGUGUCAAGUUCUAUCCUCAGGACCCCUUCCGGCUCAAGGAAGAAAUAACGAGGUACCAGAUUUUUCUUCAGCUGAGAAGAGACCUGCUUCAUGGACGCCUCUAUUGCCCUCCAAAUGACUCUGCUUUGCUUGCCGCUUUGAUCAUUCAAUCUGAACUUGGAGAUUAUGACAGUGAGGAGCAUGGGGACAACUAUGUCUCAGAAUUCAAACUUCUCUUGAAACAGACUCCUCGUCUGGAGGAGAAGAUUGCGGAGAUUCACCAGCAGCAGCUCAGGGGCCAAGUACCAGCUGUGGCAGAAGCAAACUUCUUACGCAAGGCUUGUCUCCUCGACACAUAUGGUGUGGACCCUCAUCCUGUCAAGGACCACAAAGGAAAUCAGCUGUACUUGGGCAUCAAUUAUGCGGGCAUCCUUACAUUUCAAGGCAGUCGCAAAACCCAUCAUUUCAAGUGGCCUGACAUUCAGAGAAUCAACUAUGAAGGAAAGAUGUUCAUCAUUCACCUAAUGUUCCCCGAGGAUGUCAAAGCAAAGAAGAAGCAUCUGAUGGGCUUCAAGUGUCCAACCCAGUCUGCCUGCCAUCACCUGUGGAAGUGUGCCGUCGAACAGUGCUAUUUUUUCACCAUACCUUCUUCCAGCGAGGUGCCAUCUGUGACCACUGGUGGUGGAUUUUUCUCACGAGGUUCCCGGCUUCGGUACAGCGGCCGCGUGGAACGGGAAGUAAUGGAUGACAUGAAGAACAUUAGGAGAGACCCACCCCAGUUCCAGAGAACACUGACACGGCCACCCUCCUUCCGGCAGAAGACUGCUGCAUCAACAACAAUGGAAAUGCCAAAUUCACCAUCCCGACAGCUCAAUGAUGGUUCACCAUUGCGGAGCUCUGUCGGACCAGUGACAAGCCAACAGCACAACCAGCAGCCCCCCGUAUCUCAAGAUUCAGGUGACGGCUUUGCCAUUGACGAGCCGCCAAAGAGGCUUGGCACACCCCUCGAACUUCUCGACUCCGGCGAGUCGGGUGAAGAGAAUGGCUCUUCAGUGCUGCGACCUCCAAAUCACGACCUCCACGUCAACUUGACGCCCUCACGAAACACGCCUGUGGCUGACGACGAAGACAGCAACAUACCCGACACGCCAAUCUCGGAGCUGGCAUUUGACCCACACCCGACGCCUGAAUACGAGCCCGAACACGAAAGCCAAGAGCCAGCAUUUGUGACUCCCCAGCAGUCGCAGCGAAUUGUAUUUGUGGCAUGGCUUGUUCUGCCUCUGCUGCUCAUUCUUUUGCUGCUUGUGGUUCUGAUGGAAUGGGAUUGGGCUCCACUUGCCGACAUGCAGAGGCUGCCAGAGGUAGUCUUGCUCCGAAAACAAUACUAUGAACCUACAAGGGACGCAAUAGGCACUUGGAUCAGUGCUUUCUUUGGCCCGCGCUGACUCCCAGCAAGUGGCUUGGUGACCGGUGAUACAUCAUGAAAAGCACAAUAAGUCCCUCGUACGAGAAACAGUUGUGCCACUGUCCAGUAAGAAAAGCCUCGCAGCAAAGGCCGACAGAGGCAGCGUUGCGCACGUUCACAUUCCAUCAGGGCUCUUUCGGUUCGCUCUUUGUUUAUGCAGAGGUGCAUUUGUUGGGAGAGAGACGAAAAUCAGUUUCGGUUAUGGGAAAGAUUCACCAGAGGUAUAAAAAGCCUUGUUGCAUUUAGUUUUCUCUAUCAGCGCACGUUACGCACACAAAAUCUCUUCGCUGCUAUAUAUACAGAUGUGUUCAGCUUUUACGAAUUUGUUGUCACGAUCAGAAAGGAGGGCCACGAAGGCGCCUUAGUUUUUAUCAUUUUUUGAUAUUUUAUUGACAUUGUGCAUUCCCACUCGGUGAGACCUAUUUUGAGAGCUAAGGUUGUGGUAGGCAGCUCAAUUGCAUUACCUUUUAGUAGGCAUUGAUUCCACAGGCAUAGACGGACUGCAAUCCUGUGCCAGGGAAGUACUGUGUGUUCUUAGCUGUGUUCAAUUUUGUCAAAAAAGUGCGUGUCCACAGUCCAUCAUUGCUCAGAUCGCUACAGUGUAUACGAGCUUUCUUUUUCUUACUCCAAUGAGACUUAUGUGAUGAAAAAAAAUUUACUAAGGUACCCAUAGCAGGGAAAGUACGUAAUUGGCUGUGUAUUCUUGUAAAAUCUAUGCAAUGCAAACACUGGGCUCAACCCUUCAUCUCAAGAGCCUGACAUCAAUGGAGCCAAUGCUAAAUAAAGGCCAGGGUCUUGAAAGUUUUGCACUCCACAAUGCACACUAAGGGUGGAUAUUUCUUUUUUUUUUUUCCAGCUCUGUUUCUUUCUGCAGGCUGGCUUGCAGGCUCUUUCCGAUAAUGUAAUAUAGUUAACAGUUCACUCAUGUAUAUUUUCUUUUUCUUCAGAGAGGUGUACUGUAUCCAACCAAAUAUUAAGCAGGGGACAUAUUAUAUUGCAAGCUGAAGCAAAGGAAACAUUUAUUGCCAGAAAAUGUAUAUCAAUGCUUUUUUAAUUCUGAGGCAUUAAUAAAACGCCCAGUGAGAU